AUGUCGGCCGCCGCGCGCAGACGCCAGGCAGCCGGGGCGCCGCGCGAAGCCCCCGCUGGCGGAGAUGAGGAGCCGGGCAUGGCGGCCCCGAGCCUCAGCGUCUGCCUCAAGCUGCUGGCGGCGGCUCUCUACGGGUUCAGCUCCUUCCUCAUCGUGGUGGUGAACAAGAGCGUCCUCACCAGCUACGGAUUUCCCUCCUCACUAUGUGUUGGACUAGGCCAGAUGCUGGCCACGGUGACUGUGCUUUGGGUGGGAAAGGCGCUCAGGGUGGUGAAGUUUCCAGACUUUGACAGAAAUAUACCUCGAAAGACGUUUCCACUACCUCUUCUAUAUUUUGGGAACCAAAUCACAGGACUGUUCAGCACAAAGAAACUGAACUUGCCAAUGUUCACGGUUCUGAGAAGGUUUUCUAUUCUGUUUACAAUGUUUGCUGAAGGAAUUUUACUCAAGAAGAAAUUUUCUUGGGGCAUUCAAAUGACAGUGUUUGCAAUGAUAAUUGGUGCAUUUGUAGCUGCUAGUGCUGACUUGGCAUUUGAUCUAGAAGGAUAUAUUUUUAUCCUGAUUAACGAUGUCUUGACAGCUGCAAAUGGUGCAUAUGUAAAACAGAAACUGGAUUCAAAGGAGCUGGGAAAGUAUGGUCUGCUUUAUUACAAUGCACUGUUUAUGAUUCUUCCCACCUUGGCCAUAGCCUAUUUCACAGGAGAUGCGCAAAAGGCAAUGGAAUAUAAAGGCUGGGCAGAUACACUCUUCGUUAUACAGUUUACACUCUCAUGUGUAAUGGGGUUUAUUUUGAUGUACUCCACAGUUCUUUGCACUCAGUAUAAUUCUGCUCUUACAACUACAAUAGUUGGCUGUAUUAAGAAUAUAUUAAUAACCUAUAUGGGAAUGUUUUUUGGAGGAGACUAUAUUUUCACAUGGACAAACUUCAUUGGGUUAAAUAUCAGUAUUGCUGGAAGCCUGGUGUAUUCUUACAUCACUUUUACAGAAGAGCAAUUGAACAAGCAGUCUGAAACUACUAUCAAGAUGGAUAUUAAAGGAAAAAGCUCAGUAUGACCAGGGGAUUACUUAUAAGAAGUAACUCCUUGUUUUUGUUCAACGAUCACUGGCAGUAUACAGUAAAAAUAUUACAGUGUGGGUGUCGUGGAAUAAUGCUGGUACUCUACAUUUGCACAAUCUAAAUAUGCUGCCUUUUAAAAAAAAUUUAUUAUAAAGAGAUUUAUAAUUGACUGCACAUUAAAUAUACAGCUGGUUAAUUUAAUCUAGACUAUGAGGAAUAAAUCUUUUGUAAUUUAUUAUGAUCAAGUCUGGUGGUAGAACCAUGCACAGAUGAUGUAAACACUUUGAUUUUACAGGAGUACUGUUAAUAUUCUUAGAUACAGUUUUGUUUUCUUGCAAGAAAACUUGUCCCAACCUAUCAGUUACAGUUUAGCUUGCAUCUGGGUUGUCUUGCAGCUAAGCAUAUCAAUGGGCAAUAAUAAAUAUUUGUAAUUGGCUUUUAAGGUGAAUGAUUGACUCAGCUCCAACCCCUUCAUGCUGUCUAAAAGGGCCAUGGUGAUGUCAGGGGUCUCAAAAAGCCCUGCAUCCCUUUCAGGGCAGAAUUCCUCAGUUCAGGCACAUCAGGCUGCCUUCGGAGGAAGCCCUCACAAGCCCGGAUGUGGGGGAUGCCAGUUGUGGGGAUGGGUGGGUUGGUAUUGUGAGUAGAAGUGUUGCUGUAGUGCGGAGCCUUGUGGAGAUUCUGAGCAGUGCUGCAGCCCAGAAGAGCCCUGUGGGAAACUACUGUAGCUUAGAUAAGCUCCCUGGGGUGGAACAGGGGAGGACUCUCCAGUCCCUGAAGCAGUUGGUCAAAAAGAUGAUUUAAAGCCAGCAUAGGUCCCUCUGUGCAGGGCUGCAAGUUCUGUGCUGUGCCUCAUGGAGAGGCAACAUGGAAUCUCACCCCUUAGCUCAGAAAACACAAGUUAACAGAUUAGUUUACUUUAUUUUCGAGAAGGAAGCUACUGAAGCAGGGUAACUUUCACUAACUAUAAGCCAACUGUAGGCCCUGCAUAGAUCAUAAAAAGAAGAUACAUAUUUUUGGCAAUUUUGAUUUCUUGUCAAUAUUAAGCUUUCAGAGGAACAAGAAAAAGGGAAAAAAGAGUUUUCUCUAGAGCUAGAAUAUAUACAGAAAUAGAGGGAGACUGAAAUGUAACUCCUUUUUUUAUUUACUAAGGAAAGGAAUGGCUCUGCAACCUUGCAUAUGCAAGUGCAGAUCUUUCAGCAGAUGUAUCAAUUCUGCAAUACACUCUUAUUUCAGUCAGUCAUCCGGUUUUAAGUUUUUGGCCAAAACAUUGGCUUGAAUAGUCAAUGAUUUUAGUAGAUGUUUAAUUUUUUUCAUUAACUUUUUUAAGCCUGUGCUCAUCCUGCUUAGAUUCUGCAUGCCUCACAACAGCUUAGUACCUCUUCUUGUAAAGCUGAUGUUGGAUGGUGAAAUUCGUGAAUAGGUGGUGGGAUGAUGGUACACCACCUUCCAAUUUUACAUAAUAUAUUGGAGAACUCAGCAGGGAAGCACUGAAUUAAAAUAAGACCUAUCCUGCAGUCAUACAUGAGUAACUUUACUUACAUUAGUAAUCCCACUGGGCAACUUAAUAAGUAAAGGUACUCACGUGCAUAAGUUUUUGCAGGGUAAGGCCUAGCACUCGUUCAAAAUCAAGUGAAAAUCUGUGUCUAAAAGAUUUUUCUAAAUGAAUUAAUGUUUUUGAUUCCCUUCCAGUCCCAAGUGUGCCCCAUUAUUCUGAAACAAUAGUAAAAGAAUAAAUUUGAAAUACGUGUUUUUUUUUUAGUUUAGUAAAUUAACAGUUAAUCCAUAUAUAACAUUUUAUGCAGCUACACGUUGACAGGUCACCUAGAAUGAAUAUUUGUUACCUUUACUCUUCUAGAUGAUGUCAAGGUAAUUCAUUAAUUGGUACAUUUAAUUUGUACCAUUAUGUGAUUGAUACAGUUCUGAUGUUGUAACUCUAUCCAAAUUUUAUGCUCUGUUCAGUUUAUUUUUGGAUGCAGUAAAAUUUCUUUUACAUUGUGAGCUGUUUUUAAUGGAGAAAUAUUUUUAAAAUGUCAAGCUGUAUUGAUUUUUUUUUAAAAAUUUAAAAUUGAUGCAAUAUUUCUGUCUAUCUUCUUCCCUUUGAUUCUUUCUUUGGUUAAAAUUGUACACUUAUUUCCCCACAAUUUAUUCCUACUCCUACCCUUCACUUACAAGAAGAGACUUUCACAGGCAGUUAAUCUAAUUGCAUUUGGAAGGAUAUUUGGUGGAAAACUGAGUGACAUGGUAUUGAAAGAAACAUUGCAUUUCAGAAUAUUUUUUAGGUAAUUGAGAUGGGCAUUUCUGUAACAUUUUCUGUAGAAACGUUUAAUCAGCAUACUGUGUGUUACAGUAUGUGUCUACUGUGUUUCUUUGGCAGUUUGCAUUGCUAGCCUAGUCCUCCAUUUAGAAUCCUUAAAGGUAGCCUGCUUAUCUAAUUCUUGUUUUAAUUGAGCUAAAUGGAAAAAUUAUGUAUGAUACCCAUAUACCGCAGGAAAAGGAUGGGGGAGCAUUCAACACAAAUUUUGACUCAAAAACGUACCUGAUGUGUUCAUGCUUUUGCUAGCUUCCUAAAAUCACGCAGCCAGCUCCUACUCUACUGUGAUUCCUCACUGUGAUCCAGGAUGUGAUGACAUAGCUACUAGUGUCACCCAAAGGGGCUAUCCUGUUAAGUGCCAUUUAAGUGUGGUGCAGUUUUGUAAAGUCACUUCUUUGACCCUGAUGGUCAAUAGACUUUGCAAAAACACUACCCCUUACGCCAGUAGUCUGAAAACAGUCCUGUACUCGUGUAGGCCAGCUCCAGGUUAGCAAUGGCAGCACAGCAGAAAUUAGUUGAGGAAAGUAAACUUUAGAUUUUUUUUGUGCUGAAUGUGUCUCUUACUGUGUCUUAUGGAAUAUUUUAGCUCAUAUACAAAAUAAAGGCCUUGCAGGAAAUCUUUUUAAAAAAAAAUUAAUAAUAGGCUAGGGAACCAAAUGUUCUUUUUAAUUUUAGCUUGUUGUGAUCCCCAUUCUUUUUAUAAAAUUUGGAUCUAUAUUUAAAUACUGAAAUCUCAACUUUACAUGUGAUAAAUGUGCCUGUUUUUAAAUGUCAAGGUCAGUAACUCUGUCAAAAGAGGGUUUUCAACUCAGCUCAUUCUGCUAUAAACCUCAAAAUAGGCUCCCAAAUUCUUUUUUUUCUUAUGUCUCCUUGUCCUCGCACCCUCUGAUGCAGGAAUCUGGAACAGAUAACAUCAUAAUGCCACCAACUGGAAGCAAGAAUACAAAGAACUGCUAGAUCCUGCCCCUGGACAUAAAAGCCUCAGCACCGUCCCCUCAGUUUGCCUUUCCUCCUUUGGAAGCCUGGAGUCCUUGCUUCAGCUCUCCUGCCGUCUCUUUUCCCUUUUUCUCUUUUGUGGGGACUUUAAAGAAAAAAUGGGACAGAAUUGAGGGGUGGGGAGAGUGGGAAGAAAGAGAGAAGUAAGAAGCCAGCAGCAGUUUCUCGGAUGGAGAGUUGAAGGCAGCAAGUUGCUGUUGGUUAAGCACAUCCCUUCAAGGGGGUUGCAUCUGGGGCCAACUGUUCAUAAAUGCCACCACUCAGGGAUGGUAUGCCCAGUCUGCACCCCACCUCUAAAGUGGGAGUGGCAGCUCCCCUGCCCUUGGCAGGCAUCCCUCCUCUGAAGGGUCUUUGGGGACCUCCCUCCCAAAUGUAUUUCUGGUCCUGCAAACCCAGCCUCAGGAGAGAGGGACCAAGAUCUUGACCGUGUUCUGCUCCUGGACUUAGAUCAAGCCUCCAAGCCCCUUGGUUGAGCCUGGUUCUGAUGCUGAUACCAGUGUCCCCUGACUGGAGACUCUCUCAUCCUCUGCAUUCUCAGUUUGGAGACCCCCAAAGAUACUGUUUUCAAGCAUACAUUUCGCAGAAGAGGGGGUUCUCUUUCCCUUCCAUUUGGCCAUCCUGGACCUUGCAUCCAAGGAAUGGAACUGGGUGGACCUGUGCACCCAAGACUCUCGCCCUGAGGCUAGAUGUUAUCCUGUUUCUCCUGAAGAACCAGACGAAGUAUUUGCUAUUCCUAGGUUGGAUGCACAGGCCUUAUGUCUCACUUCUAAAUUGUUCUCUCAUGGAGUAUGUGUCCACCCUAUGGAUAAGACGUGGGGUGGACUUGGCCCUUAGUACAGCUUACAAGCUCGCACUAGUGACUUUGCAUAUUGCAGCUCAUUUUGCUGUGGGGCCUAAGCUCUGUGGGUGGACCUUAGAAGGAUUUCUCCUCUGCUUUUCCCCUGACACCAGAACUAUGAGGCUUUCUUCACUGUCCCCUGGUCUAUAGAAGCCGCUUCCAUUUUGUGUAAAGCUGCCUGCAUGCGGAGUUUCCACUGUAGGUCAGAGACACAUUUGGCUUUGGGAGUGGAAUGCAGAUGAGAGAGUAAAGUCAAAGCUGGCUAGUCGCCCCUUUUAAAGGGCUUAAUCUCUUUGACCUGCUGCUACCAUGAGGCAUGUAGAUUUUUCUAAGAACCACCCUGCAUCCUUGGGGAAUGUGCCCCCCUUUAUCUCUUGCUGAAAGCCCAUGCUUAGGUGUUGGCAGGGAUCCUCUUUGGUAUCCUAUGACAGGUCAGCCCUUGGUUCUGUCGGAUUCAGGUCUUUCGUGGGCCCAGAAGGCUGCUGUUUAAACACUUCUUUCUGCUGCUUUCCCAAAGCAGCCGGUUGCACUCAGGCCAGGUCCAUCCCCAUAGCUCAUCAGCCCUGCCAUGGUUGGAAGUCGUUUGCUGAUAUUUGUGAAAAUGUGAGCCGCCUCCACCUCCGAUGCCUGAUCACCUUACUCGAACCCCUUCAGUCUCAUGUCUACUAGAGUCUCAGGUCCUCUUGCCUCAUGUGGCCCAGAUCACCGAGGAGAAAUCUUUUUCCCACCUGGGAACUUCCCCAUCUGGAUACAGUCCUGAGUUCUUCACUAGGAAAGUCUUUCAUUCCCCUGGACAGACUCCGCUCUUUUGAGCACUCUGUCAUCAGUCAGAUCCUCCUCCCCGGUUCUGGCCUGGAGCCUCCUUUGAUUGUUGAGCCAUGUUGCAGCCUGUGUGGAUCUCCUGGGUGGGGCUCCACCUUUACUCUCUGCAGUCCUUCUUCCUAUCCAGAUGGGAUUCCCUGUCCUUCCUUGGAGGAUAACCCUCUUCAUUCCUCCCUGGAAUCACGUGCAACACCUGCAGCUGUUUGCGUGGUUCUCCUUUCUGUUCACCCCGCCCCCAUUUGUAUUGCCACUGAUGCAAAUCUCUUGGGUUUAGAGGGGCUCACACCUGGGAAUUUUGUUAACUUAGAGCCUCUGUUAGCUGGAGGGACACACAUUGAGUAUAAAUCUCCUUGAACUGCAGGCUGUAGGUUUGGAUCUCAUAGCUUUGGAAUCCUUAAUUCUCAAUCCCCAUAUCCUCGUUCACUGGAACAACUGCAUGACAGUGGAGUAUGUCAGCCGCUGGGGGGACCUGCAGGACCUCGCUCCUGGUGGAGGCAUCCCAUCUGGAUAAACCUGGUCUGCUUUCCUUGAGGGCCCUUUAUCUGGAGGGCAACAGUACCCUUGCUCAGCCACAGCCAUUUGGCUGCAGGAGAAUGGAGCCUCCCCCAAGUUUUCAAGGCCAUUUGUCAAAAGUUGGCCCCAUAGUCAAGUUUACCUGUUUCUGUUUCCAGACCCUGGGCUCUCCUAUAUGAUGCAUUUGCAUGGAGCUGGAGUGUCAAGAGCUGAGUUACUGCUUCUUGAAAAGCUGCUGAAAAAAAUCAGGCAGGACAAGGCAGCUGUGAUUUUUGGUAACUCUGUGGCACCCACGGUUCUUGGUUCUGAUGAGUCUUGGAUGAUCUUUUCAGCCUGGUGCAAGUUCAGGAACGUCACUAAGCUGUUUUGGUUGCUUCAAAACAUGUUGUGGAUUUUCUCAAGAAAGGUCUUGGAGUCAAUGUUUUUACAUGUGCAUACCUCAGCCAUCCACUGUCUGUCCCCGAUUUGUGUGUCAUAAGAGGAGAGAAAGAGUAAGAGGUACCAUGAGAGAAAACUACCAAUUGUUGGGUCAUAGUCAUCUUCUAUCCUAAGUUCGAAUCUUCUCCCCUCUUGGGGGAUGUGCUGCUGCUGUCUGUAUAUUGUUCUCUUCUUUUAACUCUUAUACAAUCUCUUUUAUUCUCUGCCCACCUCCCACCCCCUUUCACCUUUGCUCUGGAAGUAUCUCUAACUGAAGGGACUGGGUGAGGCUGAGGCUUAUAUGCCCAGUUUUUUUGUUUGCUUCCAGUAGGUGACACUAUAAUGCUAUUUGUUCAUAAUUCCUGUAUCAUAGGAUGAGAGAAGAGACUGUGGUAAACAAAUUACAAGGUAUGUAGUUUUCCCUUCUGUUGUGAAAACUGACAAUAUAGAAACUGGGAAUUCUACUAUUAUGACAUUAUUUCUGUCAUACCACACAAGAUACUGGAAGAAUUAUUUUGGGUUUGGAGCUGAAUGGGUAAAUUGUUUUUUAUUUGCACCUUUGCAUAUUUAGGUGAAGAGUCCCCAUUUUAAUUGAUGGGAUCUGGGGUUAUGAAUGGGUUUAGUUAGUUCUUUGUAUAUGCUGAAUGAGCAUAAAUGUGGGGUCUGCUAAUUCACUGCUGUUCUGUACACUCUUCCCCCAUCCUAAAUGUUGCUCCUCAUUCUUCACAAUGAGUUGUUAGCUGGCACAGGCUAGUUGUAUUGUAAAAUUGAAAAGCUUCAUCCUGGAUCUUUGUAUGUCUGGGAAUCUGCAAUGGAAGAGCCUUAAUUAUGAUCAAAUCUGGAGAAGCUGCUUCUGCAGAGUAACAUUUUGCAUACUGUGUAUAGCUGACAAGGUUGUAAGACACUUCCCUUUCUUCCACUUCCAGUAACAACCAUAAACAAGACUACCAAGGAUCAUGUACUUCUAACUAUAAAUUGUUUUCGUUUUAAACAUGUAGAUUUUAAAUUUGGUAGAAUGAAAUUGUACCUGUUUGAUAGAUCUUCUCCAUUUCUAAUUAGCAUGCAGGAUGGUCUGCUUGUGAGGGGGGAAAUUAGAUAAUUGUAAACCUAAACUAAACAUCAUGGAAGUUUUUUUUUAAACUUGAAAAAAUAUUCCAAUAUUUCAGUUUCAUACUUUCUUUAUUCAGCUGAUGGACCAGCUCAGAAAUUAAUUCUUCUAAAACCCUUUAUAUCUAACAAGACCAUGGGAGAGAUCCAAACGCCUCUCUGGCCCUUUUACACUGAGUUAUAGGGCCAUAAAAUCCCCAGUUCCAGUUGUUAGAGGAAUCCUCCAGGGCCGGCACGGAGGAAGAUAGUCAUAAGGCUGCUUUUUGGGGACCCUCUCGCAAGUCCUGGUAUAGGCAGUAUGCCAAUGGUAGGUGUGGGGUAUGGAGGGAUUUGUCAGGCAGAGACGCCAGCGUCAUAAAGAUUGCAGCAGAUGCUGUGGUCCGCGGGCAGCCCUGAGAGAUUACUGUAAUUUAGUCAAUCUUCCAGGGGUGUCUAAACUACACCAGGGGCCUCUCUAGUAUAGGGAGGGAGCAAAGGUGGUUGAUAGCCGCCAUAGUGCCCCUUCUCCCUGGGCUGAGAAUUCUGUGCUGCUGCUCUUAGAGGAGGUUUUUUAGCCAAGACGAUGACUUCUCAUCAGUAGCUUAAAAACUGGAAUAUUUUCAAGUCACUUAUUUGACAUCUGCUGUACAGAGGCAUUUGGGUCAGGAUGUUUGUUACGGAGAACUUUUACCAUUCUUUUACUUUUAAAUCUACUGGCUAGAUUUAUUGUCCUGUAAAAUAUUCUUAAAGCUUAUUUUGCUUGUAAAUGUGCACCUUUUAGUGCCAAUGGCCAGACAGUAUUGUAUACACUGGGAAGGUGAACAAAAUUGAUACAAUAGUAUAUUUUCUAUGCUGUUAAUAUUCCUAUAAAUAUUUUUCUACAUAAAUUCUAUUUACAAAGUGACCAUUUUAGUGUUAAAAGGGUAACCUUUUUAUUUGAAUGUAUUGCAGGCUUUAUAUCUGUAAGUCAGGUGACAGCAAAAGGAAUUUUAUGUGCCUACGUAUUUUUGUACGGGCUUUAAAUAAAUACUUUUUUCUUGAAA